GGAAUCAGGACCUAAUUCGGCCUCCGUAGUCGACUUUCUGUAGUGGGCGGGGCUGAAGGCGGGGUCACCCUGCGGGAGCCGCGGCUGCCAGCGACAUGUUCAAGGUGAUUCAGAGAUCUGUGGGGCCAGUCAGCCUGAGCCUGCUCACCUUCAGAGUCUAUGCAGCACCCAAAAAGGACUCACCUCACAGAAAUUCCAUGAAGGUCGAUGAGCUUUCACUCUACUCAGUUCUGGAGGGUCAGUCUAAAUAUGUGGAGGAGCCAAGGACUCAACUUGAAGAAAGCAUCUCACAGCUCCGACAUCAUUGUGAGCCAUAUACAAGUUGGUGUCAGGAAAUAUAUUCCCAAACUAAGCCCAAGAUGGAACGUUUGGUUCAGUGGGGGUUAGACAGCUGUGACUAUCUCCAAAAUGCACCUCCUGGAUUUUUUCCAAGACUUGGUGUUAUUGGGUUUGCCGGUUUCGUUGGACUCCUUUUUACUAGAGGUUCAAAAAUAAAGAAGCUGGUGUAUCCUCCUUGUUUCAUGGGAUUAGCUGCCUCUAUCUAUUACCCACAACAAGCCAUCGCCUUUGCCCAGGUCAGCGGGGAGAAGUUAUAUAACUGGGGUUUACAUGGAUACAUAGCUGUAGAAGAACUGUGGAAGGAAAACUUUCAGAAGCCAGGAAAUGUGAAGAAUUCACCUGGAAAUAAAUAGAAAACUCCAUGCUUUGCUCUGCCCAUUUUAAACAGUUGUAGGUAAACAUCGGAAAUGCCAGACACUAAAUCAGUAUUUCUACAGACAAAUGGCAAAGAAGUCAGUAUUGGAUAUAGUAAACUGGCUUUCUUCUUCAACAAAAACUGCACUAGGGCCUUUUUGCUAUCUUGGGUGAUGCCAUACUACAAGCUAACUAAUCUAAAAAUUCUUUCACGUGGAAAUAAUGUACAAGCCUUAGAACUAUUGGUUCUUAUAUCACUAUUUAUGUACAUAAUUAAAAUCCGAAUUCAAACAAA